AUGGAUACAAACAAUAAGGCAAGCGCGGAGAGCUUAGCAAUGUUCGAACUCAAAAGGGAGGCUAAAAAGGAGGUGGAGGACUUGGAAGAGUUGGUGCCGAAAAGAGGGAGCCGGAGUUCCAUGGUUUGGCUUUGGUUUGGAUUUAAAGCAUCAGACAUCGAGCAGAAAACGGUCAUUUGUAAAACAUGCCGCCGUCAAAUCGUUACGAGCGACUCUAACACGUCGAAUCUCUUCUAUCACUUAAAAACGCGACAUGAAGAACUGUACAUCGAGAGUGUGAGGUUGCGAGAAAGCAUAAACGGCACAUCCCUACCACAAAAUAACGGAACGAAAAAAACAGACCAGAGGGCUCGAAAGGAAUCGUUGACUAAAUUCAUCCCGUAUGACGAGCAGUCUCGCAGACAUCGAGAAAUUACAAAUGCCAUCUGUGAUUUCAUCAUAUCGGAAGACACGGCCUCUGCAUGUACUGUCGAAAAGAAGGGUUUCCGGGCAUUGAUCAAAACACUUGACCCCAGGUACAACAUGCCGGAUCGGAAACACUUCAGUGACAUCCAGCUGCCUCGCCUCUACGAAGAGUGCCGCGCGAAGGUGACUGAAGAACUUCGAAACGUGGAAUAUUUCGCAUUGACAACUGCUCUGUGGACCUGCGGAGUCACACGGCCAUACAUGAGCCUAACGGUGCAUUUUGUCAACAAUGACUGGAUCUUCACUAGCAGAUGCUUACAAACGGUUUACUUCCCUGAAGACCACACAGAGGUGAUGAUGGCCACCGUCCUCAGAGAAGUGCUUGAAUCCUGGGAGCUGCGUGAGGAGAUGCUCAUCUGUGUGACCACAGAUGGUGCAACUAAUAGCAAUAGUGCACUGCACCUGAACGAGUGGAACAGGCUACAGUGCUUUGGGCAGCGUUUGCAGCUGGCAAUAGAGAGUAGCCUGAAAACACCGUCUCCUCAAACCCAAACGGAUGUGCAACGUGCAGUUGAGGUAUGCAAGCAGGUGACAGGUACCAUCUCAAAUUCAUUCAAGAGAAGAUGUGACCUGGCCAAGGCUCAAGUGGACCUGGACCUGCCCAUUCACCAACUCAAGAGUGAGAUCCCCACAAGAUGGGGCUCGAGGCAACAGAUGAUCUGCAGGUUCAUCGAGCAGGAGAAAGCUGUUAAACAGGUUCUCCGUGAAGACAGUAAAGUCAGGCAUAUGAUCCCAACCAGGCAAGACAUGAAAAUUCUGGAGUCCGUGAACAAAGCCUUGAGCCCUCUCAUGGAAUUUACAGACGCCUUUCCUGGAGAGGAGUAUGUCAGCGUGUCGUACGUUAAACCUGUAUUACACCUCUUCAAGCAGCAAAUUCUCAAAUCUCAAGAUGAUGACUCACCGCUCACUAGAACGAUUAAAGAGGGAAUCCUGAAUUACCUCCAUGACAAAUAUACUGACAAUGCCACUGAAAAGCUGCUCGACAUGGCCACACUGCUGGAUCCGCGAUUUAAAACGGCCUACAUUAAGGCAGAGCGAAUCGACCUCAUGAAGACAAGAGCCACUGCAGAAAUAGAGUUGCUGGUGGCCGCAGGUGAGACGGCAGCACCGGCUGCCUCCACUCCAGCACCGUUAGCGGAUGAAUCCGAGCUCCCGACAGCCAAGAAAGCCAAGAAGAGUUUGUCCAGCUACUUCAGGAAAGCAGCGGCACCCAGUUUCCAAAGCACGGCAAAGCCAAGCAGAGCAUCCGUUCAACUGGAGCUCACCAUGUACUUGCAGACAGCUGACUUGGAUCCUGAAGAAGAUCCUCGCAUAUGGUGGAGGCAGCACGAGCUCCACUUUCCAUUAGUGGCCAAGCUUGCCAAAAAAUACCUGUGCAUCCCCGCAACUAGUUUUCCCUCCCAGCAGAUCUUCGGUGGUAGUGGGAACAUGGUGACAUGGAAGCGAUCGUGGCUCAAACCCGAACGAGUUGACCAGCUUGUCUUCCUAUCCGUCAACCUGUGAAGCACAUGAAUAAAAAAAAAAGCCACAAGGGGUUUUAUCGUUUGCAAGACAAAACAAAAACUUAGCAGUCCCCUCCAAAUGUAUUGGAAUGGCAAGGUCAAUUCCUUUGUUUUCGUCGUACACUGAAGACAUUUGGGUUUCAGAUCAAAAUAUGAUUAUGAGACAAAGGUUCAGAAUUGCAGCAUUUAUUUCAUGGUAUACACAUUGAGGGGUGUUAAACAACUCAGGACAGAACACCUUUUGUUUGACCCCACCCAUUGUUUUUCUUUUUUUGUGAGGAAGGUAUUGGAACAUGUGACUGAUGCUCAGGUGUUGUCUUUUAGAUUGAUUGCAUAAACAUUACAUUGUGCUUGUUUUUGGCUUUGUGUUUCACCUGCGAAAACUGAAUUUGCUGUUAAGUAAACAAGAGGACUAGCGAGCUGUCUGUGUGUAAAAGCAAAUCAUUUUGAAGCCGAGAGAAGAGGGAACAUCAAAUUGGGUGUAGCCAAUAUAAUAAUUUGUAAUGUUCUGAAAAAGAACGACACAACCGGUGUGCUGAGCAACAGAGAUCAAACAGGUUGGCCAAGGGUUCCAACCGCAGUUUAUGACAGAAACAUUACGAAAACUAUGAAGAAACACCUUAAGACAACGGCCGGUGACAUCACUGACAGCUUGGAAAGGGCAUGUUGGAGAAGCAAUAUACAGGCCGCACACAAGAUGCAAACCACUGAUCAGCAAAAAGAAUCGGAAAUUUGAAUUGAAUUUGACUUUUAUUUGGUCUCCCGUAGGAGAAACUUGUCUCGGAGGACAAAGCCAGAUUACGUAGAUUUUGCAAAGAGGUACAGAGGUGAGGCACAAAAGUUUUCUAAGUUUUGUGAACAGAAAGAGGCUGCAGUAAAGGCCUGGAAAAACAUUUCAAGUGAAUACAACAGUCUGGAAAAGUUGAUGGGCCCCAGGCUUGAUGCAAAUAAGGGCUAUGUGACCAAAUAUUCAAUAUUUACUUCAAGUUAAUUGAAUCAUAUCUGUUCCAAUACUUUUGCUCACUUGAAAAGUGGGUGGCUUUAAAGAAACCGUUCUCUGUCACACCUAGAUGUAAAUACCAUGGGAUAAAAUCCUGGUAAUCUCAUCUUUUGUCAAUUUAUCUUUUGAUCUGAGACAAAAAAUGUCUUCAGUAUGCAACAAAACCAAAGGUACAGUAUUGACCUUGCCAUUCCAAUACUUUUGGAGGGGGCUGUACAUUAUUUUCACUUUAUUAUUUAUGGUUGACUAUCAGAUAUUUAGAAUGGUGCUUUAUUUUAUUUUCACCUUUCAUUCACGUUCUGGUGUUUUCCAUAUGAAAUGUGUUUUGUGAAUAAAUGGAGAAAAAGAUAAAAGAAAGUCGAUUGGCUGGCAACUAGUUCAGGGUGUACCCGAAGACUGCUAGGAUCGGCUCGGGCAUGACAAGUGGAUUACGAAAUGGAUGUAAAAUAUUUGGAUAUGAAAUGUCCUUAUAUCAGGAGAUAAAAUAUUGCACGGUACUUGCACUUUCUUUUUAGUUUUAUUGUUAUAAAUGUUUGUAUGUUAGUAUAGUCAUGUCCUGUACUCUGAACUACUGCUAUUUUGUUAACAUUUUUUGAACAAAAAGCUUGAAAUACCUUCA